UGUAAAACAAACUUGUGCACCACUAUAGCUAGCAGUAGCAGCAGCCUCCUGGUCCAAGCUCCCAUAGAAGGUAACAAUGGCAGAACAGCCCAAGGAAGCAACAAACACGGCAGCCUCCGGUGGCCUCCCCGGCGGCGUCGCGGCGCGGAAGAAGAGCAACGUCCGGUUCGCCUUCGCCAGCGCCAUCUUGGCCUCCAUGACCUCCAUCCUCCUCGGCUACGACAUCGGGGUGAUGAGCGGCGCGGCGCUGUUCAUCAAGGAGGACCUCAAGAUCUCGGACGUCGAGGUGGAGGUCCUGCUGGGCAUCCUCAACCUCUACUCGCUCAUUGGCUCCUUCGCGGCAGGGCGCACCUCCGACUGGAUCGGCCGCCGGCUCACCAUCAUCCUCGCCGCCGUCAUCUUCUUCGUCGGCGCCUUCAUGAUGGGCUUCUCGGUCAACUACCCUAUGCUCAUGGCCGGCAGGUUCAUCGCCGGCAUCGGCGUCGGCUACGCGCUCAUGAUCGCGCCCGUCUACACGGCAGAGGUCUCGCCGGCGUCGUCGCGGGGCUUCCUCACCUCCUUCCCCGAGGUGUUCAUCAACUUCGGCAUCCUGCUGGGCUACGUCUCCAACUACGCCUUCUCCCACCUCAGCUUGAAGCUCGGCUGGCGCCUCAUGCUUGGCAUCGGCGCCGCGCCUUCUGUCGUCCUCGCGCUCAUGGUGCUGGGCAUGCCCGAGUCGCCGCGCUGGCUGGUCAUGAAGGGCCGCCUCGCCGACGCGAGAGUGGUGCUCGACAAGACCUCCGACACGCCGGAGGAGGCAGCCCUGCGCCUCGCGGAGAUCAAGGAGGCGGCCGGCAUCCCGGCCGACCUCGACGGGGACGUCGUCACCGUGCCCAAAAGGGCCGGCGGCGAGAAGCUCGUGUGGAAGGAGCUGAUCCUCUCCCCGACACCGGGCGUCCGGCGCGUGCUCCUGUCGGCGCUCGGCAUCCACUUCUUCCAGCAGUCGUCGGGCAUCGACUCGGUGGUGCUCUACAGCCCACGUGUGUUCCAGAGCGCCGGCAUCACCGACAAGAACAAGCUGCUCGGCACGACGUGUGCCGUCGGCGUGACCAAGACGCUCUUCAUCCUGGUGGCCACGUUCACGCUGGACCACUUCGGCCGGCGGCCUCUUCUGCUGACCAGCACCGGGGGCAUGGUCGUCAGCCUCGUGGGCCUCGGGAUCGGCCUCACCGUCAUCGGCCACCAUCCGGAGGGCACCACCAUCCCCUGGGCCAUCGGCGUCUGCAUCGCCUCCAUCCUCGGCGUGGUCGCCUUCUUCUCCAUCGGGCUCGGCCCCAUCACGUGGGUGUACAGCUCGGAGAUCUUCCCGCUGCACCUCCGCGCGCUCGGGUGCGCGCUGGGCGUGGGCUUGAACCGCGUCACGAGCGGGGUGAUCUCCAUGACUUUCCUGUCGCUCUCCAAGGGCAUCACCAUCGGGGGCAGCUUCUUCCUCUACGCGGGCAUCGCGUCGCUCGCCUGGAUCUUCUUCUUCACCUACCUCCCCGAGACACGCGGCCGCACGCUCGAGCAGAUGGGCGAGCUCUUCGGCAUCCCCAACAUGACCGGCGACAGCGACAGCUACCAGCAGCAGCAGUCUCCGGAGAAGGAGAAGAACAACGUCGAGAUGUCAUCGACGGCCACUAGUGAUGUCAGAAACGAGUGAUGUGAUGAACUUUGCAAUUGUACGUGUAUGUUGAUGUGUGUCGUGUAAACGGUGUAAGCAAUAACUAGUGAUGUAGUGUAAUAUGUUGUAUAUUAGUGUAUGCAUGCAUAUGGUGGUUGGAGACAUGUUGUCAGUUGCCUCAAGAAAAAUUAAUUUAUUCUCAGCCACUCCCUAUGUAA